UGUACAUCUUGAUGCAAUGCAAGCAAGCAAAAUGUUUUCCAUUUGGGCUACCAGCUGCGGGCAGGGGGCAGUGUCAGUGGCCGCAAACAAAGAAUAAAUGAGGGAUGGCGAAGAGCAACUGCAACGAUGCAACGAGAGAAAUAGGACCCAAUUGCGCAAUCUGCAGUCCUUUCAGUCUUCGCUUUUCCCGAGAUUCCAUUUGCACGAAUCCCAUUUUCCUUCCUCCUCCCUCGUUUCACCUUUUUCUGUCUUUUCUCUAGUUGCCCCUUAACUUUUUCUUAUUUCACUCCCCCGUAAACCUUGCUUCUCGGCGGCUAGAGAUGGUGGCCGAUACCAAAUCUAAAUCAAAUAUCUCCUUCGCCGGAACUUUUGCUAGUAGCGCUUUCGCCGCUUGUUUUGCCGAGACAUGCACAAUUCCCCUUGACACUGCGAAAGUUAGGCUCCAGCUCCAAAAGAAAGCUGUUGCUGGUGAGGGACUGGCCUUACCAAAAUACAGGGGCAUGUUGGGCACAGUUGGCACCAUUGCUAGGGAAGAAGGUCUAUCAGCACUCUGGAAAGGCAUUGUACCGGGGCUUCACCGACAAUGCCUGUUUGGAGGCUUAAGGAUUGGGCUAUAUGAGCCUGUUAAGACCUUUUAUGUAGGCAGUGACUUCGUUGGAGAUGUUCCCCUGACCAAGAAAAUUCUUGCUGCACUUACUACUGGUGCUCUGGGAAUUACUGUGGCAAAUCCAACUGAUCUUGUGAAAGUUAGACUUCAAGCUGAGGGAAAAUUACCUCCUGGUGUUCCAAGGCGCUAUACCGGAGCAUUGAAUGCUUAUUCUACAAUUGUGAGACAGGAAGGAUUUGGUGCACUUUGGACUGGUAUAGGACCAAACAUAGCACGAAACGCUAUUAUAAAUGCUGCUGAACUCGCCAGUUAUGAUCAAGUGAAGCAGAGCAUUUUGAAAAUUCCUGGGUUCACAGACAACGUUGUCACUCAUCUUCUUUCUGGGCUUGGGGCAGGAUUCUUUGCUGUUUGCAUUGGCUCCCCAGUUGAUGUGGUUAAGUCAAGAAUGAUGGGGGAUUCUGCUUACAAGAGCACCCUAGAUUGCUUCAUUAAAACACUGAAGAAUGAUGGGCCUUUGGCUUUCUACAAGGGCUUCAUCCCUAACUUUGGACGGCUAGGAUCCUGGAAUGUGAUCAUGUUCCUAACCUUAGAGCAGGCCAAGAAAUUCGUCAGAAGUUUAGAAUCAUCUUGAAAUAUAGACACAACAGUGAAGCCUGCGAUGAAUGAUGGAGAUAGUCCUGUGAAAAAUAAGUUUCACCAUUGUCAUUGUUCUUCCUAGUUUAUGUAGGUGUCCUGCAGAAAAAAAUUUAGGUAUUUAAAAAGCUUCCAAUAAUCAUCAGUUAAGAGUUUUUUCUUUGAGUACUUUUUUUCUCUUCUAUUUCAGUAAUACUUUUCUUUUGCCCCCUUGGGUACUAUUUGCAAAAUUGUACCAAGUUCGUGUAUCAAACGUAUAAUUAUUACAUUCGGAACUUUGCAUAAAACUUGUUCCAUAGUCAACUGUUUAUGCAAUUAGGAGUGAAUUGUUUGAUAGUAACAUGUCAACAUCUUCCUCAUAGAAUGUGAUUAUGAAAUAAAAUUAGUAUUUUGAUCUGAA